AUGGCAGAGCUUCUGCAAUUGAUGGUGAUGCUGGUGGUGGUGGUGAUAGUGGAAAUGAUGGUGAUAGGGACAGUGGUGGUAAAUGUUGGUGGUGGUGACAGUAGUGGUGGUGGUGGUGGUGACAGUGAUGACGGGUGGCGACAAUGGACAGCUACAGUGAUCCACCUGAACCAGCAGGAGAGGGUCGUCAGCAAGUCCCAGAUGUUAAUCAUGGUGCAGAUAAUUAAUGACAUGGAUGAACUGAAACAGUUGUUAAAAGCUGCUGGGAGCAGGCUUGUGGUGGUGGAGUUCUCAGCAAAGUGGUGUGGCCCCUGCAAAAUGGUUGGCCCCAUUUUCCAGGCAAUGUCUCUAAAAUACCAAAACGUCAUGUUUGCUAGUGUGGAUGUGGACUCAUCUAAGGAACUGACUCAACUUUGUGACAUCAAAGCAGUACCCACAUUUCAGAUGUUCAAGCACACCCAAAAGAUUUUUGAAUUUCACGGAGCUGAUGCUAAAAAACUGGAAUUGAAGAUUCAAGAGCUAAUGUGA